CUAGGGGAAGUGAGCUGGUAUGUCUCUCUCUGCUGUGUCCCGCUGUGUAUGUUUCUGUCUUGACUCUGUAGCUUUGUUGUCAGUGUCUCACACUCAAGAGCACCUUCCAUGUUAAGCAUGGUGUGUAUUUAGAGCUCAGAGUGUGUUUUUCACACUGAAAGGUUGUACAAGUUUCAACACCCCACCUCCUCAUUUAGAAGACAUUUUUUUUUUUUUACCCAGGGUUCCAGUGUCACCUUUCUGGUGACAGAUUAUGGGAACCAAAUGCCUUCUGAGGCCACACUGCCCUUCCCCCAAUCUGGAAGUGCCCCAGCUUCUAAGCCUUAACUUUCCCUUCCGAUUUAGACUUUUAGCAAACACAGAAAGUGAGAUGUUGGUCCUUUACAAUGAAGGAGGAAGUGAGGGUGUCAUAAGAGGCGACCACUCUAUUGCAGCCAAGCCUCCUUGCUUACCAGUUUCCAACAGGCCUGGGUAAUGGGAAGAGAGGAGGAAUUUUCCUGAAGCUCUCUGCCACCCCCACCCCCCUACCUUUCAAUAGGAACUGGGCAUGGAGCCAGCUGUGCUGGCAGGGCCUCCAGCAGCUGUGUCAGGGCAAGAGACGGUGCCGGGCUGUGAGUGUCACACCGUGGGGAGGGGGUAGGGGCCACCAUGUCAUCCUAUCAGAAGGAACUGGAGAAAUACAGAGACAUAGAUGAAGAUGAGAUCCUAAGGACUUUGAGCCCUGAGGAGCUAGAACAGCUGGACUGUGAGCUACAAGAAAUGGAUCCUGAGAACAUGCUCCUGCCAGCUGGACUGAGGCAACGCGACCAGACAAAGAAGAGUCCGACAGGGCCACUAGACAGAGAUGCCCUAUUGCAGUACCUGGAGCAACAGGCGCUAGAAGUCAAAGAGCGUGACGACUUGGUGCCCUACACUGGCGAGAAGAAGGGAAAACCCUUUAUUCAGCCUAAGAGAGAAAUCCCAGCACAGGAGCAGAUUACGCUGGAGCCUGAGCUGGAGGAAGCACUGUCCCAUGCUACAGAUGCUGAAAUGUGUGACAUUGCAGCGAUCCUGGGCAUGUACACACUGAUGAGCAACAAGCAAUACUAUGACGCCAUCUGCAGUGGAGAGAUCUGCAACACCGAAGGCAUUAGCAGUGUAGUACAACCUGACAAGUAUAAGCCAGUACCAGAUGAACCCCCAAACCCCACAAACAUUGAGGAGAUGCUAAAGAGGGUACGAAGCAAUGACAAAGAGCUGGAGGAGGUGAACCUCAAUAAUAUCCAGGACAUCCCAAUACCUGUGCUAAGUGACUUGUGUGAAGCAAUGAAGACUAACACCUAUGUCCGGAGCUUCAGUCUGGUGGCCACAAAGAGUGGUGACCCCAUCGCCAAUGCGGUGGCUGACAUGUUGCGCGAGAACCGCAGUCUCCAGAGCCUGAACAUCGAAUCCAACUUCAUCAGCAGCACAGGGCUCAUGGCUGUGCUAAAGGCAGUUCGGGAAAACGCUACUCUCACUGAGCUCCGUGUAGAUAACCAGCGCCAGUGGCCCGGUGAUGCAGUAGAGAUGGAGAUGGCCACCGUGCUCGAGCAGUGUCCGUCUAUUGUCCGCUUUGGGUACCACUUUACACAACAAGGACCACGAGCACGGGCAGCCCACGCCAUGACCCGGAAUAAUGAGCUGCGUCGUCAGCAAAAGAAGAGAUAACAUCACCCUUCCUUUUACCAACAAGAGAUGAGAGCCUGGGACACAUAGAUCCUCAUCUCUCUCCUUUCCUGUAAAUAAAAUCCCUUUUGUUCACGC